GCUACAUUACGAUCUUCACAACAAUCUAAUAAAAGUUCGUCACAAUUACGAUAAUUAUAAAUCGAGAGUAUUAACAAACGAUUAUGAAUAUCGAGCAAUGAGGUGACUUAUCGAAAAUUAACACAUUAAUCAAACCUUGUACGUUUCCUAUCAAACAUAAGGAAUAACUUUUCACUUGUGAGUUAAGGGGGUACAAUAUGCAAUUGAAAUAUAACAUUAUAUUAACAUUUGACUUUCCAUAUUAUUUGAAAGUUAUAGGAGAGUGUAUGAUUCGAAAUCAUCAAUUGCUGGAUACGGUGUUGUCACGGAAUCCCUCAAUAAAACAAUCAAUCAAAAAACAUCAUCAGUACGUUGUGGGCCGAUUCAUUGAGUAAAA